AUGGGACACCCGCCUGGUUGCUAUCACUGCUUUCCGUCAUGUCUUUGGAAUAAACGUCAUAGGAGACCUACAAACUGCACAUGGACCUCCGCGUCUCAUUUUCGUCAGCUCCAGGAUAACUCGCGGGACCAAGCUAAGAGCACGAAAGCCGCGAUUAAGAUACUUAUGCCAAUUUAUGUAGCCCGACUGAAGCCACAAGACUUUCUGGUCCUCAGCGCUGAUGCGGGUUUUUGCGCGACCCGUUUUACUGGUGACCCCGAGUCUCUGCUCAAUCGGGGUGCCGGGACACCAGCUAAUGGCGGCAAUCGAAUUGCCGCUAUCAUUAAGGGCCAGAAGGAUGCAGGCGCGGGCAAGGUUUAG